UAAUAAUGCUCGGUUAUCGCCCUUUGUUUAUUGACACUUUGAUCAGCGAUAUUUUCAAAACAACAAACAUGGCAAGGAGAAUGAAAGUUUUCAUAUUAUAUGUACAUUAUGUCAAUUAUUAGUUUGCUGAAUGUCAUGAAUAAGACCCAUGUUUGAUGCUACCAAAUGACAAUAGACCGGUAAAAGAUGCCACCAAUUGACAAGCGACCGUUAAAAGAUGCCACCAAUUGACAACAGACAAGUUAAAGAUGCCACAAAUUGACAACUGACCAUUAAAAGAUUCCACUAAUUGUCAACAGACCAGUAAAAGAUGCCACUAUUUGUCAACAGACCAGUUAAAGAUGUCUAUUUAUAGAUACAAAGAAAGAGAAAUAAUAGUAUAAUAUUGACAAAACAGUUGUUUGUUGGAAGUACGAACCAAUCAGAAAGGUUUGAUAUGGAUAAUAUAUAUAAAAUAAUUUAAAAUAUUUCAACUGAUGGCAGUACAAACCAAUACCAAAGGUCUGAUAUUGGACUAUAUUAAAUAUAGAUAAGGCUAUGUCAACUACAAGUUUUCUCGACUAGACUACAGAGGACUGAACACUGUCAUCCGGUGAGAUGUCAUGUUCAUGACACUGCAUGGGAAUCAUAUAGGUUAGACAUUUCUAUUGUGGAGAAAGAAGAAGUAAGGCAAAUAAGUGGCACACAUGAACAUAUAUAUAUAAGUGAUAAAGUACAAUUGUACAGUAUGUAUCAGAGAAUUCAGCCAAAGGUAAAACUUUCAAAAGACAGGAAAAUAGUUAUUGUUCAUAAACCUCAGACAAGUCAUGUAUGUGGUCAUUGUAAAGCAAGUUUCACAGAGAAAGAACACUUACAGAAUCAUAUAAGAAUACAUUUUGUCAACAAACCCCAUUUAUGUAUCGUAUGUGGUGAAAGAUUUACUACUAAAGAGCAUUUACUGGAACACAGGAAAAAACAUAUUGCUGAUAUACCUUACACAUGUGCUGUGUGUGGUAAAAUUUUUAGAAUUACUGAACAAUAUCAGAAACACAUGAGAACACAUAUUGCUUAUAAACCUCCAGAUGAAAAGAUAACUGAGAAAGAACACUUACAGAAUCACAUGAGAACACAUAUUGCUUAUAAACCUCCAGAUGAAGAGAUAACUGAGAAAGAACACUUACAGAAUCACAUGAGAACACAUAUUGCUUAUAAACCUCCAGAUGAAAAGAUAACUGAGAAAGAACACUUACAGAAUCACAUGAGAACACAUAUUGCUUAUAAACCUCCAGAUGAAAAGAUAACUGAGAAAGAACACUUACAGAAUCACAUGAGAACACAUAUUGCUUAUAAACCUCCAGAUGAAAAGAUAACUGAGAAAGAACACUUACAGAAUCACAUGAGAACACAUAUUGCUUAUAAACCUCCAGAUGAAAAGAUGACUGAGAAAGAACACUUACAGAAUCACAUGAGAACACAUAUUGCUUAUAAACCUCCAGAUGAAAAGAUGACUGAGAAAAAACACUUAGAGAAUCACAUGAGAAUCCAUAUUGUUAACGAAACUCACACGUGUGUUGUAUGUCAUGAAAAGUUUACUAAGAAAAAGGAACUUACUACUCACAUGAGAAUACAUAUUAUCUAUAAGCCUCAUACAUGUACUGUAUGUCAUGAAAAGUUCACUAAGAAAGAGCACUUGGAUGAACACAUAAACACCCAUAUUGUUGACAAACCUUACAUAUGUACUGUGAGUGGUGAAAAGUUUACAAGUAAUGAUCAUAUGCAGGAACACAUGAGAACACAUAGUGUCAAUAAACUACAUGUAUGUAUUGUAUGCAAUGAAUCGUUUACUAAGAAAGAGGACUUGCAAGAGCACACAAGAAAACAUAUUAUUAAUAAACCCCACACAUGUAAUGUGUGCGGUAAAAUUUUUACUGACAUACAACACCUAAGAGACCACCAGGAGACACACAUUGUUUAUAAACCACAUACAUAUAUUUUAUGUGAUCAAAAGUUUACCAUGUUCACUCCACACGUACAGCUUCCAAUAAGAACACAUAUUAUUAAAAAACCAUACACAUGUGCUGUGUGUGGUGAAAAAUUUACAGACAAACAACACCUACAGGACCACACGAGAACACACGUUGAUAGACCUUAUAAUUGUGUUUUAUGUGGUUUAGGGUUUGAUCGAAGUGAUUUAUUUGAAUCACACAUGAGCACACACGCUGAUUUCAUAUCUUAUCUGUGUGAUGUGUGUGGACUAGGAUUUAAAAGUAAACUGCAAUUUCAGAAACACACAAGAAAUCAUAAAGCUAGACAGUGCAAUAUAUGUGGUAAACGAUUUCAUGAUUCCUACUACUUACAGAAACACAUGAGACAACACAGUGACGAGAAACCACAUAAGUGUGAGUUUUGUGAAAAGCAGUUUAAGCAUUCGUUUUUCUUAAAAACACACAUGAGAACACAUACUGGAGAAAAACCGUACCAAUGUGAUCUGUGUGGUAAAGUGUUCAGCGAAAGUCAAGUGUUGAAAAGACAUAUGAUAUCACAUACUGACGAUAAACAUUUUAAAUGUGAUAUGUGUGGUAAAAGUUAUGGUCGAAAAGAUGAUUUAAAGAGACAUUUGGCAUUACAUACCGGUGAGAAACCUUAUCGAUGUCAGUCAUGUGGUAAAAGUUUCAGAUUAGAAAAAUACUUACAAAAGCAUGAUAUGAGAACACACAAUGGGGAUAAACCGUACAACUGCAGGGCGUGUGGCAAAGGAUUUGGUCAGAAACUUUCCUUGGCGAGACACAUAAGAACUCAUACACAUAGAUUAGAUAAACCAGUAAGAACUUAUACACAUAAUGAUGACAAACCUUAUAAGUGUGCAGUGUGUGGUCAAGGAUUGUGUAGUAAAGACACUCUAAGGAUGCACAUGAAAUUACACACUGGGGAUGGAAUGCAUAAAUGUGAUGUAUGCGGCAAACAGUUUAAUAGGAAAAGUAACCUACGAAUUCAUUUGAGAAAUCAUUCUGGAAAUCUUCGACACUGUAGUAUUUGUGGCAAAGGAUUUGUUACAGAUUAUAACUUACAAAGACACAUUAAAACACAUGAUAAUGAUAAGCGUUGGAAAUUUGAUGUUUGCUAAUUUUGCGAAUGUAAUAUAUGCUUGAAACUUGAUGUUUGCAAAUUUUACGAAGGAUACAUAUGAUUGAAAUUUGAUGUUUGCCAAUUCUGCGAAUAUGCUUGAAACUUGAUAUUUGCUAAUUGUAGGAUUGCAAUAACAUUAAUGUUCGAAACUUGGUGAUGGUGAUAAAGUUAGAAACUACUUUAUGUUUGUCAAAUGAAGAUAGGGAUAAGAACGAACAGUCACAAAACUACAUACCUGCCAACUGUCACUAUUCGCGGGGAGGGAGAUUUCCCCCAUGAAUGUUCCUCAAUUGUAAAUUUUGUCCACAAUUUGAAACAAAAUAAUCAAUUUACAAUGACUUAUAAAUACAUGUUAUAUGCAUGUAACAGUAUGAAAAACAAUAUUGACAUAAGUUUGAAGGCCUUUUAAAGGAUUUGUAGGACUAUAAAACCUGAAUUCAACAUAAAAAGAAACCUGGACAUUUUGAAAAAUUGGCAGGUAUGAAAAUACAGAACUCUGACGAAAAUUCUAAAAAAAAUUAUUCCUAAAUAAAAUGACAAUAUCAAAAGCUCAAACACAUCAACUGUCAUAUUCCUGACUAGGUACAGGUAAAACACGAUGGAAUUAACCUUAUUUUAUACCUUUUACUAAAAAUUUCGAAACUUGAUGUGUGAUAAUUGUAUUAAGGUGAUAAACGUCGAAACUUGGUGUUUGUAAUUUGUAUGAUGUUGAAAAACGUUUGAAACUUUGUUUGUUAAAAUUGCAUGAUGGGAAUAAAGUUUGAAACUUGA